GGCUCAUUCUCCUCCCUCAGCAGAGGAAGGACGGGCGGCAAGAUGGCGGCGCCGGAGGAGCGGCUCCUGUCGGACGGGGAAGGCGGCGCCCUGGGCUCGGCGCGGCUCUCCCCGCCCCCGGUCUCGGAGCCUCCCGAGGCUCUGGCGCCCUUGGAGCCGCCGCCUCAGAGCAACACGCUCAUGGGGCUGCCCAUCGUGGCGAUUGAGAGCAUCCUCAGCUUCCUGUCCUACGAUGAGACGAGCCAGCUCCGCCUGGUUUGUAAGCGAAUGGACUUGGUUUGCCAGCGAAUGUUAAAUCAGGGAUUUCUGAAAGUGGAAAGAUACCACAACUUGUGUCAAAAACAAGUUAAAGCUCAGCUCCCAAGACGGGAGUCAGAAAGAAGAAACCAUUCAUUAGCUCGUCAUGCAGACAUCCUUGCUGCUGUGGAAACAAGACUCUCUCUGUUAAAUAUGACUUUCAUGAAGUAUGUGGAUUCCAAUCUCUGUUGCUUCAUACCUGGAAAGGUAAUAGAUGAAAUUUAUCGUGUGCUAAGGUAUGUAAACUCUACAAGAGCUCCUCAGAGAGCUCAUGAAGUUCUUCAAGAACUAAGGGAUAUUUCCUCCAUGGCUAUGGAAUAUUUUGAUGAGAAGAUUGUUCCAAUACUGAAAAGAAAGAUGCCUGGGUCAGAUGUAUCGGGACGUCUGAUAGGAACUGCCCCAGUACUUAGGAAGAAUGAUUCUAAAGAAGGAUGGAAAAGAAUUACGUUUCUUCUAAAAAUUCCAGGGCCUUCUGCAGCACUGACAACAAUGCAGCUGUUCUCCAAGCAGAACCCUUCGAGACAGGAGGUCACCAAACUCCAGCAGCAAGUAAAAGCGAAUGGCACGGGCUUGACAGCACUAAAGCGGGAAAUUUCAGAGCUUCGCAUCAAAGUGCAAGAGCAACAGAAACAACUCCAAGAUCAAGACCAGAAACUGCUAGAGCAAACCCAAAUCAUAGGUGAACAGAACGCCCGGUUGGCUGAGCUUGAACGUAAGCUGCGAGAGGUGAUGGAGAGUACAGUAGGAAAUUCGUCAGGUUCUGGCUCAAAUGAACAAUCUCCUAGAAAACGGAGGAAGGCGGUUGAAUCCACAGACUGUCCUAGGAAAUCUAAACGCCUUCGAAACAGAAAAUAACUUGGGAGUAAAUGUCGCCUUCAGGAGGAUACACUGCUUUAGUAGCCCAAGCAGAUUUGCUUGUGUGGAUACUGUGACUAGCUUCAUGGUGUCCUUUAGGCUGCUGGCUCUUCAAAACACCACUUAGACUUGAACAGUAAUUUUAUUUCAUUGAGACUUUUCCCCUGCUUUCUGUAUGGGUGGGCCUAAUGCACAGAGUCUUUAUGAUUUGCAAUAGUUACAUACUAACCAGACCUGCUCUGUUAUGUUUUGAUGGGUUAAUCUUUUUUUUUCUGUGCAGAUGUGUUUAAAGUAAACUUAUUUGUGUUUAUGCAUAUGUUCACAUAAAAUCUUAAAUAAAUUCAGUCUUAACUGACUAAAAAGUUAAGCUUAAAAACAGAUGUCCUGUUCACUUGAAGGAAAGAUCCACUUUUAAAAUCUUGUUUUAGAGAACUUGACCUUCUUUGUUACAAGUGACCUUGUCUGGAAUGUCUGAAAAGUAGUUAAUACUUUUUGGGGUUUUCUGUAAUGAGUAAAACUGACUUCUUAAGCUACAGUAUUGGCUAUAUAUUUUUGUAAACUUACAAGGAAGGGCCUUCUAUCCAGUCUUCACAUGCACACACCCUGGUUCGAGGUCUUGGGAGCCAUAUUCUAUAUUUGCAUGGAUAGAUGCAUGUACGGCUUAGCCUGCUAAAAGCACUUGCCCAAAAUUGUUCUAAACUCUGGGAGAGAGCACAGAGACUUAUAAAGCAAUUGCUUUGUUCCUCAGCUGUGACUUUGCAUCUGCUUUCCGCACAUCUGCUUGCUUACAACGAGGUGGUCUUACAAAGCCAGUUGCAGGUGAGCUUGAACCCAGACUCUCUGCCACUGUCACUGCCUGUAAACUGCAGGUACUGUUAGCCAAAGCUGGAGAAUUGAGAAGCUGCCUUGAUUUACAGGCCAACAUCUAAUUAAACAUCAAACAAAUUGUCCCUACCAUAAUCAGGCUCAGUGGGACAUCACGGGAAUGGAAUGCUGUAUUAUGGAAAAAACUUAAAACUAUUUUGUGUGUAUGUGUGGGGGUGGGGUAGGUGGGAUGGAGAUUUCUCUGUAACAUUGAUGACAAUAUUCAAAGCUUUCCUUUCCUGAAAAGUAAAUCACUUCAGACAAAGCUUUAAUUUCUUUUGCACUUCUGUUUUGAGCUUGUAACUGGAAAAGCUUGUCUUGCACUGUUCAGUCUCUCUGGUCACUUUAACAACCUCAGAGUUGUGUACAGUGAUUUUUUUAUUUUUUUUUUCCCCUCCAACUGUAUAUUUUUGGAACCUUAUACAAAUACCAUUGUCCUUGGUUUUGUUUUAAUAUACUAAACUAUGUAGCUUUA